ACAGACGCUGCCUUUGCAGAACAACACAGGAGAACCUGAGGAACUAUGGGUUUAUUUCUACCUAUGUUUACAAUGAGAACUUCAAGACCUCUAAGGUAAGGGGUUCUCUGGUCAAAUCUCUGAGGAUCCUGGUGGAGUGACAGUCUUUAGUCAACCCUAGUCUUUUUAUUCGCCCCAUUCGUCUGGUUGAAGUCAUGGCUCUCACUUUGUGGCAGUACCAGUUUCGAAUAAUCAUGUUAGGAGACUCCACAGUGGGCAAAUCAUCCUUGUUGAAGCGCUACACAGAAGAUCUGUUUCUGGAGUGCAUCAACCAAACAGUCGGAGUGGACUUCUAUGUACACUUCCUAGAGGUGGAACCUGGGGUGAGGGUCAAACUUCAGUUCUGGGAUACAGCUGGUCAAGAGAGGUUUAGGUCUGUGACUCGCUCCUACUACCGUAACUCAGUCGGAGGUCUUCUGGUGUUCGAUCUGGGCAACCGCAAAUCUUUCGAAAACGUGCAGCAGUGGUAUGCAGAGGUGUGCGAACGUGUACAACCCUACACUGUGCUCUUUGUGCUGGUGGGACACAAAAGUGACCAGGUCAAAGCUGGAGAGCGAGCCGUGGACCGAACUGAGGCAGAAAAGCUCGCAAGCCAAUUGGGAGCGCCAUACAUCGAGGCCUCAGCCAAAACAGGUCACAAUGUGAAAGAGGCCUUUGAACUCUUGACCCAGCGGGUUUAUCAGGGCUUAAAAAGUGGCGAGAUCCAGUUGCGUGAUGGGUGGGAUGGAGUCAAGAGCUCAGCACUUACAGCCCAAACACUCGAGAGGAAACAAAACAAUGAAGCCGCUGAGAAAAACAAGAGCUGUGCUUGUUAACUUACAAUAUGUGGUUCUCGCAACCUUUGAGUGCAGAUCAUCAAAUAGGAUGGAUCGGUCUGACAUUGCCAAAUAUACAUAAAAGCAAAUGUCAAGGUCUUUCAG